GCUAAGCACAUCCCUAUGGCGGCUCUCAAAGCAGGUUUCAGGUUUGAAAGAGCAACGAACAGUGAGAAAGAGAUUGAACUGACUGCGGCCUUACCAACUCAGAGAUCCUUGAAUGUCAUUGCUAGGAUUCCAGAGAUGACGCUGUCAAGAAUGGCUAUUCCUCUUCCAUACGCUGUUCCCAUCAAUCCAGACGGAACCCUUUCCAUUCAUAUCGAUGAGGACAUUCUCGCCUGGAUCCAUAGACACAUCAAGGAAGAAUAAGACAUGAAAAACUACAUUUUACAUUUUCAGAAGAAAAUGUGAACUGUGUUCAUGGAGAUCUGAUUUUUCUUUGACAGUUUAAUUGAACACAUUACCACGAAUGUCAUGUACAGAAUGUAAUGCAAUGUAGUCUAAUACUAAUAAAUACCCUGCAAGUGAAA